GCUGACAUUACGUCGCUUGUUUUGAGUUUCCUAUGGAGUAGUUUGUUAAAUAUUCGCAGCGGGUAAAGUGUUGUUUUUAUAUUUAUGUGUGUAUAAAUGAAAAUAGAAUAUUUCAGAUUUGGUGAAAGUUCCAAAUGUACACACACGUUAAUAAAUAUUGGAAUGUAGGUUUGUGUUGCGUGCUUAAGAGUUAGAAAAUUUGUAAAUGGGAUGAAUGAAGAAGAUCUUUUAAAAAGAUCGGCCGAAGAGCGAGAAAAAAUAUUCAAAAGAUAUGAACAGGGUAGGGAAGGAGCCGAAAUUGAUCCAUGGGAAGAUCCCGGUUUCGAAGUAUACCACACAACUGAUAGGUAUGGAUUCAUACACGAUAAGAGGCUGCCAUCCAAAGUGGACCCGCAGGAAGCUAAAAGACUUCAGAUCGAAGUAGAACGCCAAAAGAAAUGGUUAAAAAUGCUCAAAAAUUGGGAUAGCGCUACGAGCAAAGAAAAAUUACAUUCUAGAGUUUACAAAGGUAUACCAAAUUCCCUUAGAACCGAAGCUUGGUGUAAAUUAUUAGAGGUAGAUAAAUUAAAAAAACAGAAUAAAGGUAAAUACGUCGAAAUGAUGAAAUUAGCUAGAAAACACUCGACCGACGCCCGACAAAUCGAUUCGGACGUUAAUAGACAAUUUAGGGAACAUCUACAUUAUCGCGAACGUUACAGCAUCAAACAACAAUCUCUAUUUAAUGUUUUAACAGCCUACGCUAUGUAUAAUUCCGAAGUGGGGUAUUGUCAAGGUAUGUCCGGAUUAGCUGGUGUUUUAUUGAUGUACAUGGACGAAGAAGACGCUUUUUGGGCCGUUCACAUAUUGUUAACUAAUCCUAAAUAUGCAAUGCAUGGUUUGUACAAGGAAGGUUUCCCAAAAUUAACUAGGUUUUUAGCUCAUCACGAUAAGAUAUUAAGUAAAUUAUUACCUAAGGUUAAAAAACAUUUCGAUAAACACGGCUUAGACGCAAUAUUAUACUCCUUGAAAUGGUUUUUUGUUUGUUUCAUUGAACGAGUACCGUUCAAUUUAUGUCUUCGAAUAUGGGAUAUUUAUCUAUUAGAUGGGGAGAAAGUGAUAACUGCGAUGGCUUAUACUAUACUCAAAUUACAUAAGAGACAAUUAUUGAAACUCUCAGAUAUGGAUUCCAUAGUAAAUUAUAUACAGGUGAAAAUUUACAAGGAUUUUCAAUACGACGAAGAUUCAGUUAUCAGACAUUUGGAAUCGUCCAUGGAGGAAUUGAAGAGGUACAAAUUGGACAUACCCGGUCCGCCUACUAAAGAAGAACUACCAGUAGGUCCAUUUGGGGUAUUUAAAGAAUCUACUUUUGAAGAAAUAGUCGGUAUAAGGAAGGAACAAUUUACUGAUAAAGAAAAACAAAUGAACGAGAUCGUUUUGUUGACCAGCGAAGCAGCCAAAGAAGCCGUUGAUAAAGAUAUGGAUUGUCAGAUGUCGGUUGCCGAUUCUGUUGGUUUUACAGGUUCGAAAUUUUCCUUCGAUCCGAGCAUGGACGACGCCAGUUCGCUAUUAGAUUGCGAACAUACCGGCUCGCGACGAUCGUUAGCCGAUACGAGCGUAACGUCCACCGCCGAUUUAUCGGUGUUUUCGACUAUAACUCGAUCGCAAGCGCACGAAAACAGCUUGGAUACGCAUAGCAACAUGUCGGAUAAUUCGGUUGGUGGAGCUAGUUCGAUCGGUUCGGGUAUAGGAGCGACGAGCAGUCUGCAGAGGGCCGUAUCGAGUCAUUCGACGCCUAGAGCAACGCCGAGGAAUCCGUCGCCGGACGUUUUGAGGAUUUACGUACCGUACACGCCGUUGGAUACGCCGAUUGCGAGUCCGCACAACGGCGAUUUGAUCAGGGGGGCGUGUACGUUUUUGGACGCCAAUAAAAUUCGAAUUAAAAUCGAUAACGACGAAUUGGCGACGCCGUUAGUCGAACACGGUCAAAUUAAGAAUUUUCGUAUUGAUAGUCCGGUUGAUUUGAAAUAAAAAUAAAUAUAUUUAUUUAUAUACAUAUAAAUGGUGAGUGAUUCUAUUAUUUUUUUUUUAUAAUUUUUGUUUAUAUUUUCGAAAUUAUUUAAAUUAAAAUAUUUUUUUGACGAUUAAAAUUCAAACAAAAAAAUCUCGAUUUUUUUGCUAUUUUUUCCGAUUUUUUAUUAUCAAAAAUUCGGUUUUUUCCGAUUAUAUUAAAUCAGUUUUUCACCAAUUUUUUUUCAAAAUAUUUUCGAAUUAUUUCUCAUUAAUUUAUAUCUCAUUUAAUUUAUAAAGAAAACGUUUUUUUAUUAGUAGUUUUUUAAUAAAAAUUUUUGGUCAUUGAAAGUAUAGAAAUAUAAUAAUUCAUUUUUCUCUACAUUUUUGCUAUUUUUUUUUAAUUUUUUUUAUUAUCAAAAAUUCGUUUUUUUUUUCGAUUUUCUUAGAUCAGUUUUUCACCAAUUUUUUUUAUUUUUUUCCGAUUUUUCUCUAUCAAAAAUUAGACUUGAACAAUUUUUUUUCAAAAUAUUUUCGAACAAUUUCUCAUUAAGUGAAAAAACGUUUUUUUAUUAGUAUAUUUUUAAUAAAAUUUUUUGGUCAUUGAAAGUAUAGAAAAAUAAUAAUUAAAUUCAUUUUUCUCAACAUUUUUGCUAUUUUUUUCGAUUUUUUAUUAUCAAAAAUUCGUUUUUUUUUUCGAUUUUCUUAGAUCAGUUUUUCACUAAUUUUUUUUAUUUUUUUCCGAUUUUUCUUUAUAAAAAAUUAGAAUUGAACAAUUUUUUUUCAAAAUAUUUUCGAACAAUUUCUCUUUAAGUGAAAAAACGUUUUUUUAUUAGUAUAUUUUUAAUAAAAUUUUUUGGUCAUUGAAAGUAUAGAAAAAUAAUAAUUAAAUUCAUUUUUCUCAACAUUUUUGCUAUUUUUUUCGAUUUUUUAUUAUCAAAAAUUCGUUUUUUUUUUUCGAUUUUCUUAGAUCAGUUUUUCACUAAUUUUUUUUAUUUUUUUCCGAUUUUUCUUUAUCAAAAAUUAGAAUUGAACAAUUUUUUUUCAAAAUAUUUUCGAACAAUUUGUCAUUAAGUGAAAAAACGUUUUUUUAUUAGUAUAUUUUUAAUAAAUUUUUUGGUCAUUGAAAGUAUAGAAAAAUAAUAAUUAAAUUCAUUUUUCUCAACAUUUUUGCAAUUUUUUUCGAUUUUUUAUUAUCAAAAAUUCGUUUUUUUUUUUCGAUUUUCUUAGAUCAGUUUUUCACCAAUUUUUUUUUAUUUUAUUUUUUCGAACAAUUUCUCAUUAAUUGAAAAAUGUUUUUUAUUAGUAUUUUUUUUAUAAAAUUUUUUGACCAUUGAAAGUAUAGAAAUAUAAUAAUUUAUUUUUCUCAACAUUUUUGCUAUUUUUUUCGAUUUUUUAUUAUAAACAAUUCGGGAAAAAUAAUCUUUUGGUAGUAUUUUGUAAAACUAAAUUUUUUGGUGAUAUUAUACGAUAAUAUUACUAUUUUUUUCGAUUUUUUAUUAUAAAAAAUCAGGGUAAACCAUUAAUUUCUCAAUAUUUUUUCAAAAAAGGUAUUUUUUUGGUGAUUGAAAUAAAAAAAAUUGAUUAAAAUUGAAAUUUCUCGAUAUUUGUCUUAUAUUUCAUUAUUUCGCAACUAAUUCUUAUUUUAAAUGCACUACUCACUAAUUUAUUUACAUUUAUCGCGAUUCGAGUUUUCGUUUUUUCUAUUAGACAGGGACGGCUUCAAAUAACUUUUUGUUGUACGAAUUUUAAAUUUAUUCCAAUUUCUAACAAUAUUUUCGCUUUUUCUAGUAGAUUUUUUCAUGUACAUAUUCUGUAUACCGGGGGAUCGAAAUAUUUUUUCCAAUAUAAAAAUCGAUAUAUUAUUUUUUUUAUUUAUCAAAUUUGGUUUUAUAUUUUUAUAAAUGAUUUCGUCACUUUACAUUCCACUUUUUUUUUCUAUGAAAAAAAAAUCGAUUAAUUUCGCAUUUAAUUAGAAAAAAACUCGACUAUACUUUUUUUCCUAAAAACUACGAAUUAUUUUUGAAAAAAAUGGUAUUUUUCAUUAUACUAUCUCUGUGUCAUACUCUAUAAUUAAAUGAAAUCGAUUUAUACGAGGGUGUGUAGAAAAGUCUUCAAUUAAAAUACUGCGUAUUUCGUGGUUACUUUCGAUUAUUUAUUCCACGUUUUUGAACGUCAAAAUGACAGUUAAAUAUAAGAUUUAACAGAUUCCGUUUCUAUUUUGAUUUAUUUUUUCGAAAUAUAUACCGUAUAUAAUUGGGAUAUACAGUAUAACAUAUAUUUUGAAACUCGAAAUUUUCCUUUUCCAAUAGAAUUAUGUGCCAUAUAUAUAUUUUUUUUGAAAUUUUUUCAGCGAAAAAUUGUUCAUCGCUCAAUAUUUAUUUUAUUACAAAAAAAUCAUAAAUUCGAUUCUUUUUCACAGAAUUAUGUUUUUAUUUUUCAAUUUUUCUACGGAUUAGAUAAUUUUUGCUGGAACUGCAAAUUUUGGCUGUAUAAAUUUUUCCUAAAAUCACCGUGUAAAUGUUUGAAUUUAAAAUUCUAAUAAAUGUUGUAAUUUUUUUGUAAAUAGCAAAAUUUUUUAUAAAAUAUUUUUUUUUUCGGUCGUAAAUAAACAAAAAAAAAUAGUAUUUACGCCAAAAAAUAGUCGUGUACAUUUUUUUUUUCAAACUCUACAAAAUCUAGUACGAUAUUAAUUUGAUAUUAUUAUAUAAAAUAAAUUUUUUUAAGACACCCUGUAAAUUGCUGAUCAAAUUCUAUCGUUCUCUUUAUAUAUACAAGAAAAAAAAUAAUGUUAGGCGAUAAAAAAAUUAUAUAUACGAGGGUCUGACAAAAAUUUAAACAUACGAGGGCUUCUCAAAAAUUUAUUAACUUCGUUUUUUUCUAAAACCGUGAAAUAGAUUUUUUUUUGUUUCGGCAUUAGCAAUAUACGGGGUCGAUUAUAAAAAUUUUUACUCAUCUUAAUAUACAAUGUGAGUUUUUUCGUUCCGUUACUAGAACGUGAUACAUGCAAUAAAAAAAAAACGUGUAAAUAUUUCUUACACUCCAAUUGUGUUGAUCCAGUCAUAAAACGACUUAAUAAAAACGUUUAAAAACAA